AGGGUCCUUUUGUCGCUGCUUCCCGCUUUUCUUAUUUGUCCGAACUCCGAUUGAGCACUGCGGGCGAUGCUCUCUCGCCUGACUUGCAGCUUGUUUUCCAGUUUGCAGAGGACUCCGUUCCCCGUUCUGUUUCGUUUUUCGGCACCGGUUGAAGACGCAGGUUUCUUGAGGAUUACGAGGUUCUGCCUCUUGGGAUUCGCGUGUGGUUUCGAUGUUUAAGAAUCAGCGUGUUGGUUGGCAGCAAAUACUGCCUCAGGGUGGAUGGGUUGAGGCCAAAUGAGAUGAUGCGUAGAAAUUGAGAGUUGUAGCCGUUUGGUCUGCCGACUAGUUGAGUCUGUGUGAGUGCCACAAUAAGACCUGCAAUUGUGAGUGUGAUGAUGGUUCCGAAGGGGCAGGGACGUAGACCAUCAAUUGUUACUAGUGAAGUGGAUGACUCUCGUAAUUCUAGCCAUGGAGAUGUUUUGGUAGCAGUGCAGGUUUUUCCAUGAACAGGGCACGUACUGGACACAGUUCUCUCCUUCCGAGCGUACUCGAACAUGGUUGAGUGUAUGCGGGAUGCUGAAGUCUGGUUGCCCUUGCUAUCCUUUAUCUCCUGCCGUACCCUCUGAAUGGGACAGAUGCCACGGAUGUAUCGAUGUUGCAUUGUGAGAUCUCUCUUCGUGAAAAGUUGCGCCAAGUCGUUGAGGCUCUAGGAUUACGUGAUCCAAACAGGAAGUUGUUCUAGAAAUGGAUUAUGGAUUUGGUUUCAGGAACUAAGGCGGAGGGAUUAGGGAUUCUUUGGCAAGAAUCAUUAGCUUAGCAUGGCAGGAAGGGAGAGUCCGUUUCGGAGCAAGAAACGGAAGAGCAUGGAAAUCGUCAAAGGGGGCCUUCCCAACAAAAAGUUCCAGAGUCCACUUAUCAUAACUGCGCCCAGUGGCAAGACUGCUACAAAGACGAAGUCGCGGCUUCCUUUGUUUGAUGGGUACAGCGCUGUUGAUGAGGAUCAGAUCAAGCAACUGUUUCUGGCUCGUAUCAAUGAAGCGGAAGCGCUACUUAAACAGAAGCGAGGGUCGUCGCAAGAGACCAUCUUAUCGUCGCUUUGUAAAUCAGGACUGAGAACGCCGCGAAAGGCUAAUCCCGGUAUCACUACUCCGAACCCUUUCUCCUUCAUGACCCCAGGAGGACGACGAGAGUCGGCUUCCGGGAUACGUAAUUUCGCUGCUGGAAGGCGAGAAUCUGUAAUCAGCAGGAGAGAUUCCAUGGCUGGGCGAAGAUAUUCAGUCUCUGGAAGGAGGGAGAGUCUUUCUGGGAAGACACCAUGCACGCAGCAGAAGCCGCGAUUUCCAAUGUCUGGUAGGAAAAUGAAGUUGCGGGCAUCAAUGCAGCUGAAACUAGUAGAGAGCCAGGAGCUGCAGGCCUCACGCCUCGCGCAGGUGAAGCGGGAGACCUGGAUGGAUCGGCAAGAGCGGGCAUAUAAUGGUUUGUUGAACAGAAUUUUGAAACAACCGAUGGAUCCAAAUGCGAAGGUCAUGGAGAUAAAGCACUCUAUCGGGUCCUUGGAGAGAACUUCGUCUAGCCAUGGAAUGGGAAUAGGGUCGACUUCUUUUGAUAGCAGUUGCAGCCAUGUGCGAAAUUUAGCUAGAAACGUUUCAGAUGAUGGCAGAAAUUCUCAUUCGAUGGUGCACCAGAACCGAAAGAUUAUAUCGAAGGCUCAGACGUCUGGUCUGCGAAGUUCCAGGGAAACGAAAUACAACGUUGGGAAUGAUUUACAUGCGCUGGAAACUCCUCUGAACCAAAUCUGUAGUCUUUCGGAGCUUAAGCGUCGCCUUCUUCCGUAUUUAGAAGAGAGCAAAUGUGACAGGAUAAUUUCAACUAUAACCCAGAUCGCCAAGUACAUUGAUGAUGGGAGACUGCGGAUGAAACCCAAUUGCGUUGUGUUAACAGAUGUAGCCUUACGGACGAAAGCUCUAGAUGUGCUUUUCAGCUACAAUCCUGCUUGGCUUCGACUAGGUUUGGCAGUUGUCUUAGGUCCUAUAGCAUUCAGUGACAAAAACUUGUCAACACCGGAAGGUUUUGUGGAUGAAGAGAAUCACCCUGAGACUACCUUCUUGGAAGUACUUCUUGAGGAACAUUUUUUUGGCGAUUCUACGCUUGCCAAGCAAUUUGCCACGAACAGGUCUAUAGAUGGACUAUACCGUGACGGUUUCAGAGAGGAAUUGGGGAAAAUUAUACUGAAGAGAACGUUUCUACUCAUUCUUGUACUCGACAAAAUUAAGAGCGAGACAGCUCUACAUGCUCAACAUGGAAUUGAUGGACUCGACGGGGGCUCGCCAUUGCUAUUUCAACCUAAUGGUUGUGUCAAAUCCAGUCGGCAAGCUUUAGAAGAUUUUCUCUCACAUGUCAUGCAAGGAGAAGGAGAUCUGAUUGUGCACGUCGGCAAGCUGGGUUACCAUGUUUCUCAUAUCCAGGCUCCGAUUUGUGAAUACGACUUCGAAGUGAGGAAUGUGGUUGAUGACCUCCAAGAUGGCGUUCGUUUGUGCCGUCUCGCGCAACUCAUGUCUAAUGACUUAUCCAUUCUGGUGAAAAUCAAGUUUCCUUGUCUAGCGCCCAAGAAACGAGCGCACAAUUGUGAGCUGGCGUUAGAGAGUUUUGCCCGGUCUGGUGUUCUUCUGGAAGAUGAAACCGGAGCUUCUAUUACUGCUGAGCACAUCUCAUCUGGUCAACGAGAAAAAACGCUUUCUCUGAUAUGGAACUUGAUCCUCUAUCUACAGGUGCCCAGUUUGGUGAGCCAUCCCAAGCUGUUUCAUGAUCUUGAACGAGUUGGUCUGGUCGUUAAUUCGGGCGCAAAAGGAUACGCAGUACUAGAUUUGUUAUUAUCCUGGGUUCAGGCAAUUUGUGUAAAUGUCGAUGGUGUCACGGUACAAAAUUUCAGCACAUCUUUUGCAGAUGGCCAAGUUCUGUGCCAUCUCAUUAGCAACUUUCUACCGGAUUGUCUGCCCUGUCAAGCCAUAAGGAUUCCCGAUAAUUCAGCCUUGAAUGUCAACGGUGAUCAAAGCUAUCAGAUAGGUCAUUCGGAACCUCAAAACUUUCUAAGGUGUGAGAAUGGCUCUUCGAGAGAUCGUAGUGCAAUAGUCCACAACUUUCAAAUGGUGGAAAAUGCUGCCGAAUUGUUAGGCAUCGCUCCGGAGGUUCUUCGACUAUCAGAUAUGGUGGAUGGAGACUCUUGCACAAGCGAGCGCAAUAUUAUAAUUUUUGUCGCUCAUUUAUGCUCAGCUCUUUUGAAUGCAAACCCGCAGGAUUUCCCGUCCUCCAGUAGUGUGGUUCCUAUCCCCUUAAAAGAUGAGUCGAACUUGGGUCUUAUGAAUAACUUGAAGUUGGUGGAUGUUCACCCUGAAGCAUCAUAUUUAUCUAGAGAUGCGACCUCAGAGAAUGCAGCCACUUGCAUUCAAGCGUGGUAUAAGGGACGAAGGCAACGUAUGAAAUUUGAGAGGAUCAAAAUGAUGGUCAUCGUGCUUCAAAGAUUUGUGCGAGGAUGGCUGACAAGAGUCCGGGUUCUGAAAGGUGGAAUCUCCAGUUGGACUGAAGAAGAUGACGAUUCAGUUGUCAUUCAAUGUGAUGAGAACGGAGCAUCACAACAGGAAGUCCUCGAGAUUCUGUCGAGGCAUGUGUCGGCUCUGCAGUCGCGGUUGAGAAAUCGAAAGCUAAGAGCGGCAUUUCUGUCUCAAAGAAAAGGGGCCAGGACGAUUCAACGUUUUUGGCGAAGUUUCCAGGCUCGAAGAACUGAGCGCAGAUUAGCUGCAGCAGUGCUCAUCCAGGCUUUCUGGCGGGGACACUUGGUUCGGAAUCUGCUAAUCCAGAAGUCGUUAGCUGCACGUAUCAUACAGAAGCUUUUCCGAGGAUAUUCCAAACGAUUGCAAAUCCAGAAACGCAAUGCUGCUGCUCUCUUGAUACAGAGAUUUGCAAGGGGUCGAAUUCAGAAAUCAUCGUAUCGAUUACAUUUGAUGGGCAUCGUAAGACUUCAAGCUCUCUUUAGGGGUGCCAUUGUGCGAGUGCGAAGCAGACGUGAUGCAAAGUACAUCACAAAUGUUCAAGCUAUGUGGCGAGGAUAUUGCGUCAGGAAGCUUGUCCACCGAUGGAGAAUCGCAGUCGCAUCGAUUCAAUGGCAUUUUCGGAGAUUCAUGCACAGAAAACACCAUAAAGCCCAAAUGCUUCGGAUUGCGCAGAUUCAAGCCGCCUUCAGAGGCGCGAUUGUUAGGAAUAGGUUGCGAGUGGAACGAUACGCUGCCGGACAUAUUCAGUCUAUUUGGCAUACUUACAAGAUGAGAAAGAUUGUGAAAGAGAAGCACGCGGCUGCUGUACGGAUUCAAUCAUGGUACCGUUGUCUUCGUGGAAGGAAAUGGUAUGUAUCAUAUCGAUCCCGGAUCAUUUUAUUGCAGGCAACAAUUCGGGGUCAUCUUUCAUGGAAGCGGUUCAAAGACAUGCGGUUAGCAGUAAUCAUGCUUCAAUCAUACUGGCGAGGAUUCCUUGUGAAGAGGAAGAUGGAAAUUGAAAAUCUUGCUGCAAUGUGCUUCCAGAAGCAUGCUCGUAUUUACCUUCAGUUUCACAGGAAGCAGCUGCAAAACCUGCAAUAUGCACCUGUCACUACCCAGGACUCGUAUGGGGGAUAUUUUCAAACCAGAUUGAAUCACGAGGAGUUGCUGGCUAUUGUUAGAAUCCAGUCUAUUUGGCGGGGCUGUUUACAGAGGAGGAUGAAUAAUACUAGUAUCACUGAACAUGUAAUUUCACGACAAGCUACAGACGCAACAGCUUGUGUCAUUCACGGUCACUUGGGAAGGCAACUUGUGAAUAAGAACGAGAACAUUCGUCGUCCAGAGCAUCUUGUGGGUGGGUGUGCUGUAGUGGACCUAGAAGCCCGGACAUGGGGAUGCAAUCCUCAAGAGCAUGAAGCUGCUAAAAUACUGACUUCGUGGGCGAAAGCACUGAUUCUCAGGCUUCGGUUUUUGGUGAUGCGAAGUGCAGCCAUUACCAUUCAGAAAACAUUUCGCGGUCAUAAAACCCGCCAGCAUUUCAACGUGGUCAUUAAUUGUGUUUGUCGAAUUCAGGCACACUGGCGGGGACACAAAUGGAGAUCAGGGCGUAGUCGGAUGGAGCAGCAUAUGCAAGAGUUGCGACUGCGUAUGCAAAGCACAGCCGCAACAGUUGACAACAGCCAGCGGUUGGGUAACCGACUCACCGAGGCUUUGUCGCAACUUUUAAGCCAGAAGACUGUCAGCGGAAUUCUUCAUACCUGUGCCACUAUUGACAUGGCCACGGAGCAUUCAAAGCUAUGUUGUGAACGCUUGGCUGAAGGAGGGGCUGUGAACAAAUUGUUGCAGCUCAUCCAAACUGUCAAUCGAAGUCCACCACAUGAACAAGUUCUCAAGCACGCUCUUUCCAUUCUUGGCAACCUUGCCCGUUUUCCGAACCUGGCAUUCUCAGUUGCGAGUGAACAUGACUCGGUCAACAUCAUCGUAGAGCAACUUUUAAUCUUCAGAAACAAGGAAGUAGUCUUUUCGAAGGCCAUGAGGAUUUUGCAGCAUGUUAGUCGCACACCGGGUUGCGUGGAUGUCAUUCAGCAGGAUAUGGUCGCAAUACGAAGAUUGCAAAAUGUUGCCAUCUUAUUGGAACGAAGAUUCGAAGUUGAGAAGAGAAAUCUGGACAAACUGCCGCCAUGUGCUCCCUCAGCCGUUCGACAAGCAGCUGAUCUGAAGCUGAAGGAAACCGUCCAGCAGCAACAGUCUAUCAUGUCAAUCAUGCCAGGUCUGGUUUUAAAGAAGGUGAAUACAAAUCCUUCUCCUGUCUCGCUCAGUUGCAUUGGCAAAAAGGUGCCCUUCUCAACGUCGGCUGAAGAGAGAAAGCGACAGAGACCAAAAGCCGGUGUAGUGCCUUCCAUGAAGACAUCAAACGGUGCCACCGCAAACAUCAAAUCUGGCACUUUGUGUUCAAAAAUUGUCACGAACAUUAAAGAGACUGAUAUUCAAGGGCAUGUCCAUAGGGGAUCAGCUCCUAGACCUGCUUCUCUCUCUGUUACAAACAUUGAAGGAUCUGUGAAGGCCGUUGCCCCGAGGCCUAAUCGAGUGUCCAGUGGAAGAAGGGAGAGUGCAUCCAACACUACAAUCACUGGUUUUCAAACCAAGGCUCAGAAUGAAUUGCCUCGAAUUCCUCUGAGAGAUCGGUCGAACAGUGCAGCUAAAGUGGUGCGGAAAUAAGAGCCUUGUCUUCAGUUACUGUUCUAUUUUACUAUUGUAUUUAUUUAGGAUGAUAUGUCUGCUGAAAUCCUCACUCAGUAUUGACUUCCGUUCAGCCCAAGAAGAGUUGCCAGUGCCUUGUAAAUUUCACGAUCAUGUCGGGCACCUCAUUCAUUUAAAUAGUGUAAAAUCUGGAAUUUUAAGCAUUUUGAUUAUGCCAAUCAGGGCUUCCUCCUCAUUAAGUGACUACUUUUCUUCA